GUAGUCCUCCACCCACCAGCCCACAGAGAAGACUCCGAUCAACGAACGCGCGUCGCUCAUCUAAACAUAUGGCAAAAAUCGGCCUCUUUCUUUCUUAUAUCGUUGUGCCCACUACUCUUUAAAAAUUCCGCCGAAAAAGAGAAGACGAUUUUCCAAAACCUUCUGGCCGUUAUCUCACGGCUCCCCUGUCUCUGCACAGGUGUAUGAGCGCUACCCAGAGGGCCUAGGGGCGGCUCUUUACCGGGAGCAGUUCGACUUCAACGCUGAGCCGCCUUGGGAUCCUAGCUGAUAGCGGGACAAGUCCAUCUCCCGACUUGUCCAUUUUGUUGCAUACCGGCAGGACCCAUUGGCUCAGUCGUGACCCCCUUGACUCGUUUAUUUGUUCUUUAUGAUUGCCGGCUUAGCGGACUACGGUUGAGAUGAAAGGACUCGCUGACAAACCAAGCUACAUCAUUGAACUCCUGGAGGGAGGAGUGACCCUGGAAGAUGUCAUUGAUGGACACAUCUGUGAACAGGCUCUGGUGGAGAAGAGCGCAUUUGUGGUGGGCGACCUCGGCGCCCUGAUGCGGCAGCACAUGUGCUGGCAGAGUGUAGUGCCACAAAUGCAGCCUUACUACCCAGUCAAGUGCAACGGCAGCCCUGCUGUCAUCGAGGUGCUGGCCUCUUUGGGCCUGGGCUUCGUUUGUGCCAACAAGGCUGAAGUGAACUUGGUGCUGGAGCACGGAGUCCCACCAGAGAACAUCAUCCUGUCCGGUGUUUUCAAGCAGUUGGCGCACAUCAAGCACGCGGCCAAGAACAACAUCCAACACGUCGUGUGUGAGAACGAGGCAGAGCUGUCCAAGAUUUCACGUCUGCACCCUAAUGCAAAGUUGCUGCUGCAGUUAACCACAGAGGCCCACGCGGCUGAGACCAGCAUGGCCUUCGGCUCCUCUCUGAAGAGCUGCCGGCACCUGCUGGAAGCAGCCAAGGAGCUGGGGGUCCAGGUGGUGGGGGUAUCCUUCCACAUCCCCAGCUCCUGCCUGGACCUGCAACAGGCCUACACCCAUGCACUGUCAGAUGCCCGCUGCGUGUUUGACAUGGGGUUGGAUCUGGGCUUUAACAUGAACAUCCUGGACAUUGGUGGUGGAUUUACUGGCUCAGAGUUUCAGCUCCAACAGGUUGAGUCUGCAGUCAGGCCGCUGCUGGAUGCUUACUUCCCCCAGCUGUCCGGUGUGCAAGUGUUGGCCCGGCCUGGUAGCUUCUACGUGGCCUCAGCUUUCAGCCUGGCUGUCAGCGUGAUUGGCAAGAAGGUGGUGUCACGCCACUGGGACAGCCUGUCUCAAGGUGAGGACAAUGAGGACACCGCGUUCCUGUACUACAUGAAUGAGGGUGUUUAUGGCCCAUUCAGCCGCAAGCUCCUGGGAAACUCCAUCCCUGCCCCAUCAUUGCACAAGCGCGCGCUGUGUCCCGAGGAGGCUGUGUAUCCCAGCAGCCUGUGGGGCCCGUCGCUGGACGAGCUGGACCAGGUGGUGGAGCGCUGCUUGCUACCGGAGCUCAGCGUGGGGGACUGGCUUCUCUUCUCCAACAUGGGCGUGUGUGGUCUGGAGGAGUUCAGCUGUCUCUCCAGCUCCCCCCAGCUGCCCAUCUACUACACCGUCUCCGACUCCGACUGGUACGAAAUGCAGGAGGCCGGCGUGGCGCUGGACAGCGACAUGAAGAACUUCUCCUUGCUGCAGUACAGCGCGUAACCACCCUCGGCCCCCUUCCCGGUCCCCUGUCGUAUUGCACGGAUCCUCCUUACCUCUGCUUUCACCGUGUGAGAAGAGAGGUCAGCGUGGUGUUUGGGACAAGAGGCUAAAUGUGGUCAACAUUCCAGCCGCCUCGGAGAACGCAGUGUCCGAAAAUUUCUUCCAGAAUUUCACUUUUUUUUUUUUUACCUCCAGAAGUUGGAAACAGUUGCCCGUUUGAUACCUCAGUUGUCUAAAAUGUUUCUGAAAGGUAAUCCUUACUUUGCUCCUCCUCCCUCUGAAGGACUCAACAAGUCUUUGUCAGCUAAAAGAACUCUAGGCCAAGCUCAAAUGACAUUAUGCAACAAAAUGGAUGACUCUAUGGAGAUGGGACCCCCCGCCAAGUUUGGGGGGUUGGUUUGGUUUCCUAAAUCAAAUUCAGUUUACAAAAUGUAUAAUUGAUUUAAAUCACAUGUUCUCUAUUUGAUUACCUGUCGAGAGCCGUGUUGAUCCUGUGUCCGUUCGACACCGAUACGUUUUUGUCUGUAGAUGAUUUUUGAAGUGUUCAAAAGAGUUGACGCCUCGUGUGGGUUCUGAACUUCAGACCCCACACUUUGCAUAGUUUAAUUAUUGAUGACAAUGAUGUAACCUAUUUCUAUAUUGCAGUUCACCUCAAUGCAUUUUUAUUUAUUGGAUUCCGAUAUUACGGGGGCAUAUUUAAAGCUCCAUCUUUAAGUGUGUUUCGCCCAGGUAUUAUACUGUGGCCCAUCUAACAGUGUUUUCCUGAUGAGAUAUUGAUGUGUUUUUUUAACGCUACAUGGAUUACAUGUGCUGUGAUCGCCAUUCGUGACCUCAGUGGUUUCCCUUUCCUCGAAAGGCAUGAUGGAAAUGCUUUGGGAGAUUCUCUCUGAGCUGAGCUGUAGCUUGAAUACAGAAGAGCUUCAUACUAAUGCACUCCUCGCCUCUGGCAGAGAGGUUAAUGUGGUUUAAAAUGCACAAGAUCUUUUGUAGGUUAAAAAAAUACUGUGAUACCCUGAAUUUUUAGAUCUUCAAAAUUGUGUCUCCUGUCAAGCAAAUGGUUUUUCGCACUCCCAGGAUGUUUUUUUUCUGAAGAGUGAACAAAUAUAAUUAAUUUGUAUCUUCAAAGUCACAUGCUAGUGGUACACUGACUUCGCCUGAGUCCGUGUAAAUGUCAAACAACAUGCCAGACCUUUUCCUCAUGCCUCUCCAAAGUUGGGAGGGACAUAAUGCACAGUCUCUUGUACAGCUACAUGUUUAAUAUUAAAGGUGACCUGACUAAACUGCAGUUUGUAAAGAAUCCUGCCCUUGUGUGUUACAAGUGACUAAUGUAUUAAUUACUUGCUUGUCUAAGGCACUAAUGGACCAUAGCCUGUUUUUGACUGUAAAUUGUGCGUGUUAAAGUAAUGAAAGUGAUUAAUUUAAUACAUUUCUGACUGAAAUCA